AUGCCGACCAACUGGCAGUCUGCCACAGCACAACUGCUCAGUCCUUUGGAUUCGCCCGUACAUUCCCCCUCGUCGUCCCGAAAAAACCUUUUAGACACAGAGCCCGAUGAGAAACUCGAUGCGGCAACAGUGGAGGGAUGCGUAAUGGACUACACUCUCCAGUUCGACCUGUACGAUCAAAUAGAACGCUGGUUCCACGAGCGGCUACUGGAUGAGGUCUGUAGCAUUUAA